GAUUUCAAUCUCUAAUGCAUUGCGAACGCUGCUUUUAAUUUACCGGCAGCGUGCUAUUUAUAUUGUCACCUAACAAUGCGCAGCGCGCUACAAAUGACUCAAAGCAUUUAUCGUAAACUUCAGAGGGAGUGCCGCCGGCACAAUAUUAUUUAUAUUUUUUAAGGUUUUGAACUUGACCAACUUCAAGUUCUGGGCUGUCAAGCAUUUCUCCGUUGAAUCACGGCCCGGUUAAUUGCUGGUUCGGGACACUGAAUUCCAGUUUUGUGUCUGAAAAGCGGUGUUAAAAUGACCGACUAUGAUGAGCCAAUAUCAGACCAGGAAAAGGUGCGGAUUGUUUCCGACUUCAUUCUUCACUCACCGCCUGGGGAGUUCAAUGAAGUUUUCAAUGAUGUGAGGCACCUGAUCAACAAUGACAACUUACUGAAGGAGGGAGCUUCAGGGGCAUUCGUUCAGUACAACAAGGAUCAGCUGACGCCGGUGCGCCUGCCGGGAUCCGACUACCCCGCAUUCAUCACCGACUUCAACGACCUGGGCGGCUCCCGCUUCUUCGACCCGCGCACCAAGCAGAGUUUCCGCUUCGACCACCUCAAGAAGGAGGCGUCCGACCUCAAGCCGCACGAGGGUGACAGCACGGCCGAACCGUGGCGGCGCGCCCUUGAGGCCGAGAUGACCGCCUACACGGCCGACCACUACAAGAACGGCGCGUGCGCCGUGUUCGGACACUCGAACGACGGAGACGUCACCCUGGUCGCCUGCAUCGAGGACCACCAGUUCCAGCCCAAAAACUUCUGGAACGGCCGCUGGCGGUCGCAGUGGACGGUGACGAUACCGUCGAGCGGCACGGCCCAGCUCAAAGGCGUGCUCAAGGUCCAGGUGCACUACUACGAGGACGGCAACGUGCAGCUGGUCUCCUCCAAGGACGCUGCCGACGGCGCCGUCGUCGCGUCGGAGUCUCAGACGGCCAAGGAGGUGGUACGUCUGAUCGAGACCUCUGAGAACGACUACCAGACUGCCAUCUGUGAAAACUACCAGACCAUGUCAGAGACCACAUUCAAGGCACUGAGACGCCAGCUGCCGGUGACGCGCUGCAAGAUCGACUGGGGCAAGAUAAUCCAGUACGGCAUCGGCCGCGAGCUCAAGCAGCAGUGAGCUGUGCGCGCGGCCCACCUGUGAUACGGCGGCGCGGUGCCGCCGCCGCCGCCGCCGCCGGCCGCUCUCUCACCGCUGACAAUGUGUAACCAAAGCUUUUGUGGUCGCGGCGCCGCCCCCUGCCGGAACGGAGCGGCCGGCGUGCCAGCGAUGCCCAGCUCGCGGCCGGUCGGCCGCCGCCGGAGCGCGUGUCAUGCGGUAGUUACGCCGCCGAUGAGAACGAUAAACACGACACCCAGCUGCCGCUUGGUUAGCCAACAGCACGGCUUGCGUUUGAACCGCCCUGCGAUGCGUGACUUUGGCAAAACCCUUUUGAAUAUGUGCUUACACCUUGUAGAUAGCUGAAGCUAUCGAGCUGUUUAAUGAUAUGAUCAUCGAUUCAUUCUAAGAACAAUGAUAUAUUCCUAAGGAUUGGUAUAGGGUGGAUUCGAUUGUCUGCUUAAAUUGUUAUCGAUGGGUGUUUCUAUAUAAAUGAAAUUUUGCCUUC